AUGGAGAACGUUACAAUAUUCGACUCACCUGGAAAGGGGAGGGGUCUGAAGGCCAGUAAGGAAUUUUGGGCUGGUGAUGUCAUCUUUUCAGAGUCCAGCUUCGCAGCUGUUGUAUUUGACAGUCUUGCAGAGCGCAUCUGCCACAGCUGUUUCCGCAGACAAGACAAGCUGCAGCGAUGUGGCCAGUGCAAAUUUUCUCACUACUGUGACCGCACUUGCCAACGGGCCGGCUGGGCUGAACACAAGCAAGAAUGUGCUGCCAUCAAAAACUAUGGCAAAGUACCCAAUGAGAGCAUUCGCUUGGUGGCUCGCAUUAUGUGGCGUCUGGACAAGGAGGGUGGCGUAGUGUCUGACACGCAGCUGACAACGCUGGACCAGCUAGAGGACCACAUUGAAGACAUGCAAGAGGAAGAGUUGAAGGAGUUCAAAGUGGACAUCCACAACUUCUUGGACUACUGGCCUCGCAACAGCAAACAGCAUACCAGCGAGGUCAUCUCGCACAUAUUUGGACUGAUUAACUGUAAUGGCUUCACUGUGAGCGACCAGCGGGGUCUGCAGGCAGUUGGGGUGGGUCUGUUCCCUAAUCUGUGUCUGGUCAAUCACGAUUGCUGGCCCAACUGCACUGUCAUCCUCAACCAUGGAAAUCAGUCAGCUGUGAAUACUUUGUAUCAUUCUCAACGGAGGAUCGAGCUGCGUUCUUUGGGUAAGAUCACAGAGGGCGAGGAGCUGACUGUCUCCUACGUGGACUUCCUCAAUGUGUCAGAGGAGAGACGGAGGUUGCUGAAAACCCAGUACUUUUUUGAUUGUACAUGCCAACACUGCAAGGAGCACAUCAAGGAUGACCUGAAGAUGGGAGGCAGGGAACAGGAUGGCGUCAAGCCGACAAAGGAGCAAGUGAAAGAAUCAACAGAUUACUGUUUUCAGGAGCUGGACAAAAUGGAACAGGCCAGAUUAAAGGGCGACUACCAUGAGGUGGUGAAGAUUUGCAGGGAAUGCAUAGAGAAAACAGAGCCCGUGUUGGCUGACACUCACAUUUACCUCCUGAGGAUGUGGAGCACUAUGAGCGAGGUUCAGGCUUACCUGCAGUACUUUGAAGAUGCUGCCGAAUAUGCCCGCAAAAUGGUGGAGGGCUACAUGAAGCUGUACAACCCCAACAACCCCACUUUGGGGAUGGCGGCCAUGCGAGCCGGAGUCACGCACUGGCAAGCCGGCCUGAUCGAGGUCGGCCAUGGGAUGAUCUGCAAGGCCUAUGCCAUUCUCAUGAUCACGCACGGCCCCACCCAUCCCAUAACCAAGGACUUGGAGUCAAUGCGCGUGCAGACAGAGAUGGAGUUGAGGAUGUUCAAGCAGAAUGAGUACGUCUACCACAGUAUGAGAGAGGCAGCCCUCAAGAACAGACCCAUGACCAUGAUGCAUGAACCCAAGUCCGUAGAGGAAGGAAUCAAAAAUCUCUUCCACAAAAGGAAAUAA